CUUCCUCCCUUUCCUCCCUCAUCUUUCUCUCCUCUCUCAAUUCACUUCAGUUAGGUGUGCUGUUACGUCCAGCAGAGUUCUUGCUUUUCUCUCUCAAGAUGUCCUGGACUCAAGUCUUUGUGCUCUCUUCGCUCACCACCCUCCUCAUCCUCACCUUUUCCAGUGUGGUGGACAGUGCUGCGGUCCGGGACGACUCAAAAGCAGGCGAUCCUAAAGGGGCAGCGCAGCAGGUGUUCAUGCCCGAGUCGGACGCCUCUAACUUCUUCAAACGCCGCAGUCGCCGCUCAUCCCGAUACUAUGCUGAGCUCCAAGCUGAGCAGAGGGUAAGGCUUGCUACGAAUGAGCGGAGGAGGGAGUACAAUGAGGAGCAAAGGGAUGAGUAUGAGAAUUACGCUGAGGAGGAGCGUGAUGAGCAGAAUGAGAGAUCGAGGGAGACGAAUGAGCAGUUGCGAGAGUUCCACUACGAUGGCCUCUAUCCUCGCUACUACUGGUUCCACUGAGCUGUCGCAUGUCUGAGCUACAGCCCCUCUCGUUGGAGCAGUGAUACUGCCAUCACCUUUAACCUGUACCAAAGGCGAUUCCUGACACUUUGAGAGCAAGAGCUCAAGUUAUCUGUAUUUUUACCUACUUUAAUCUACAAAAUAAAGGUUUUUUUCUUAUUCUUUUUUUUUAAAAAUAAAAAUAAAUUGCGCAAUGUGUCUCCAUGUCAAACUGUAAAAUGUAUUAAAAGUGCAGUUUUUGUAUUGUAAACUACACUAUAUCAUAUUGAAUGGAGGUUAUAUGUUUUGCAUGCUUGUUUUUACUGCUUUUUUUUACAUGUACAUACCAGCUACACAGUGUCCUUUAUGUCAGCCUGAGGCAUUAGCAGCAAUAAAUCAGUCUCUUACAUUAACAA